AUGGCGUCGAUGACACCCGCUUUCUGUGGCCCUGUCUUGAACACUUCCUUCCUCAGGAAGCAACCACUGAACAUGGCAAGCAUGAAGGCUUUCCAAAACGCUAACGCCGUGUUCGGUGUGGAAGGAGGACGUGGAGGUCGUGUGACCGCCAUGGCCGCUUACAAGGUGAAGCUGAUCACCCCAGAGGGAGAGAAAGAGUUCGAAUGCCCAGAUGAUGAAUACAUUCUCGAUGCUGCAGAGAACCUAGGCCUUGACCUUCCCUACUCAUGCCGGGCUGGUUCUUGUUCUUCCUGUGCCGGCAAAGUUGUGGCCGGCAAAGUCGACCAGUCAGACGGUAACUUCCUUGAUGACGACCAAAUUGGUGAAGGCUUUGUUCUCACCUGCGUUGCUUACCCAACCUCCGAUCUUGUUAUCGAAACCCACAAGGAGGAAGACCUCGUUGCUUAAAUCUUAUCAUCAUCGUUGCCUCUACUUCAUAAAGUUUCUUCCUUUCCCAGCCCCAUCGUCUUUUUCCCUUUAUUCUGUGCCAUUUUCUCAGGAUAUAUACGUAUAUUAUGCUUGUUUAUGAACAACUUGUUUUGCAUUAAUUCGUUAAUUGCUUCACCUGUA